AUGGCGCGUAGGUCUGGAGAUUGCAUGAGAUGUCUGGUGAUUUUCGCGGUUGUAUCAGCAUUAGUAGUGUGUGGGCCUGCUCUUUAUUGGAAAUUCAACAAAGGAUUCGUUGGAUCCACUCGUAGCAACUCUGUUUGUCCUCCUUGCGCCUGUGAUUGCCCUCCUCCUUUGUCUCUCCUCGAGAUUGCUCCUGGGCUUGCAAAUCUCUCUGUUACAGAUUGUGGAAGCGAUGAUCCAGAGCUUAAACAGGAGAUGGAGAAGCAGUUUGUGGAUCUUCUAACCGAGGAGCUAAAGCUGCAAGAAGCAGUUGCAGAUGAGCAUAGCCGUCAUAUGAACGUUACACUCGCGGAAGCGAAAAGAGUUGCGUCUCAGUACCAAAAGGAAGCCGAGAAAUGCAACGCCGCCACUGAGAUUUGUGAGUCAGCUAGAGAGAGAGCUGAAGCUUUGUUGAUCAGGGAGAGGAAGAUGACUUCUUUGUGGGAGAAGAGAGCUCGGCAAUCAGGUUGGGAAGGUGAGUAA